AUGGAUGCCAAAUGUUACACCCAAGAUGGCACUGUAGAUCUUCGAGGGCGUCAUGUCCUGUCCUCUAAAACUGGAAAAUGGAAAGCUUGUGCUUUUCUAGUUGGCUAUGAAGCAUUUGAAAGGAUGGCUUUCUAUGGAAUAGCUUCAAACUUAGUGAAUUACUUGACAACCCAACUCCAUGAAGAAACAGUUGCAUCGGUGAGGAAUGUGAAUAAUUGGUCAGGAGCAGUGUGGAUUACACCAAUACUGGGUGCCUACAUAGCAGAUACUUACAUGGGUCGAUAUUGGACUUUCACUGUGUCAUCUCUUAUCUAUGCCAUGGGAAUGAUACUACUAACAAUGGCAGUUUCAUUCAAGUCCAUGAAGCCAACAUGCAUAAAUGGAGUAUGCAACAAGGCCUCCCCUUCGCAAAUUGCUUUCUUUUACUCUGCUCUCUACAUCAUAGCAUUGGGGGCUGGAGGGACAAAGCCUAACAUAUCAACUUUUGGUGCAGACCAGUUUGAUGAUUUUAACCCACAUGAAAAGAAGCUCAAGCUCUUUUUGGGAGCUUUAUUUGCCACUCUUUGCCUUGUGUACAUUCAAGAGAACUUAGGUUGGGGUUUGGGGUAUGGUAUCCCAACAGUUGGUCUUUUAUUAUCCCUAUUUAUAUUCUACAUAGGGACACCAGUAUACAGGCAUAAAGUUAGAAAGAGUAAGAGCCCUGCAAAAGAGCUAUUUCAAGUCCUCAUUGCUGCCUUUAAAAACAGGAAGCUUCAGCUCCCUAACAAUCCCUCAGAGCUUCAUGAGUUCGAACCGCAAUAUUACAUUGAUAGCGGAAAACGGCAGGUCCAUCACACACCAGUAUUGAGGUGCUUGGACAAAGCUGCAAUAAAAGAUGGUAACAGUACUGCAGAUUCCUCAAACCAAUCAUCAUCAUCAUCAUCAUGCACAGUGACUCAAGUAGAAGAAGUCAAGCUCGUUUUUGGAAUGAUGCUGAUAUGGCUGGUGACCUUAAUCCCUAGUACAAUUUGGGCACAGAUCAACACGUUAUUUGUCAAGCAAGGGACAACCUUAGACCGCUACCUAGGCCCAAACUUCCAAAUUCCAGCAGCUUCGCUAGGUAGCUUUGUGACACUUUCAAUGCUUCUCGCAGUGCCAAUGUAUGAUCGUUUCUUUGUACCAUUCAUGCGUAAAAAAACUGGAAACCCACGGGGAAUCACAUUACUUCAGAGGCUAGGCAUCGGAUUCGUCAUUCAAGUUACUGCCAUUGCAAUUGCUUAUGCUGUUGAAGUUCGAAGAAUGCAUGUCAUAAGAAUGCACCACGUUACUGGGCCUCAAGAAAUCGUCCCUAUGAGCAUAUUUUGCCUAUUGCCUCAGUAUGUUCUACUGGGAAUCGCAGAUGUUUUCAAUGCUAUCGGAUUGCUAGAAUUUUUCUAUGAUCAAUCCCCUGAAGACAUGCAAAGCCUAGGAACCACAUUCUUCACUAGUGGGAUCGGUGUUGGCAACUUCUUCAAUAGCUUUCUAGUAACAAUGGUUGACAAGAUUACAGGAACCGGAGGCAGCAAGAGUUGGAUUGGCAACAACUUGAAUGACUCUCACUUGGAUUAUUACUAUGGGUUCCUUUUGGUUAUAUCUACCCUUAAUUUAGGGGUCUUCUUGUGGGCAUCAAGUAGAUUUAUUUACAAGAAGGAAACAGUACAGGUACCGAGUGAGGAUUGCAUCCGAAUCGAGAGCAAAACCUUGGACACGUCUCCUCUGGGGUUACAAGUAUAA